CGGCGCUCACUUGAAUCCUCGCUGCAUGUCCGUCGGCCGACUCGCCGUCGAACCCGCACGCGGAACGAAUCAACUCUUCUUCUUUUCUUCCUCCUGUAAACGCGACCCAAACUCGGAAGUCGCGCGCUUUUCCCACUUGAAACCGACCCAUGACUUUUUAGAUGACUGGUCGCUUCCGAGUGAUGUGGUGCGUGAGUGAUAACGAAACACGGCGGGAACUGUUCUCGAUCGGAUCACGCGGGAGCCGGACGUCACACGAGCCGCGCCAGGAUCGCUGGUAAGGAUCGAUCAUGGGAUCCCCCGAGCCGAAACCGAGCGAAGCGAUCGAACGUUCGUUCGGCACGCGAACCGGGAUCCUCGCUGAAUGCUAACGGUCGCUAAGUUCCCGAUGAGGUUGGUUUUCGAAGUUUUGCUCAGAAGCAGCACGGGGAAGAAGUAAUCGAGACGCGAGUUCGGUUCGGUUAAUCGGGGAAAGAUACUGAUGUACGUGGCGCGUUUGUGACGUCUGAGUUGGCUGAUCGAAGAACUUUGUUGCUGCCGGAACAGAGCAAGAUGGUUUCGCCCUUUCGGACCUUCUCACGUUGUUCCGUCGGUUCUUCGUCUUCGUGAACCGUUGACCGAAGCCUGACGUCUGAAACGCUGGAAGAUGGAAGCACGAAGUUGAAGGAUCGAGAUGAACCGCGAGGUUUGAGAUUCUCCGGAAGCUCGCAUGGUCGCACGCACGCAGCUCCAUUCUGCACAAAGGACACGCAAGAUCAUUAAGAAUAUCUAAUAUAUCUAAGAUAUCAAUAAGUGUGAAAAUAAGGAAACUGCAGUCUGCCAUUUCGACGGGUGCGGUAGUUCUAGCAUUAAAGGCAAUACUGGAUCGUAACAGAUCACAUCACGGUGAACACGUAAAAACAAUGUUCGGAACAUGACUAAGCAUUAAGGGGAAGGUGUCAGUGACUCUGUUAGUUACUGCCACCGCAGACUUCGCCUGAAGGAAUGGAGCUGAAUGUGACAGAUAUUAGCCUGAACGGCACCGACACCAAUCGAACUUCAUCGCCAGUCUACAUCAUUAGUACGCAUUACAUGAUGCAAUGGAAACGAGAAAGGCAACGGGAGCGUCUUUGCCGCAUGUCCAACCAGGUUUUAGCGGAAUGCACCCAGUUUAAUGGAACAUGGUCUGACCCGGAUGAUGUUGAAGUUCUGUCAGACCUAUUUCCGACAAAUAACACCAACUGUUGCUCGAUAGCUAGCACUGCAACAGCUUUAUCGACCGCGGAAACUUUCAUACCUACUGAACCACCCUUCGAACUCUGGCAAACGAUACUGAUUGCUGUCUGCCUCGCAUUAUGUAUACUGUUAACUGUCGGCGGUAACAUUCUCGUUCUUCUGGCGUUUAUCGUAGAUAGGGCUAUCAGGCAACCCAGUAACUACUUCAUCGCGUCAUUAGCGGCCACUGAUGUGCUUAUCGGAACCGUCUCGAUGCCGUUCUACACGGUGUACGUGUUGAUGGGCUACUGGAACCUCGGCCCGUUGCUCUGCGACCUAUGGCUGUCCGUGGACUAUACGGUGUGCCUGGUGUCCCAGUACACGGUGCUGUUGAUCACGAUUGACCGGUGCUGUUCGGUGAGGAUAGCGGCGCAGUACCACAGCUGGCGCACGAAGAACCGGGUAAUCUGGAUGGUCUCAAUCAUCUGGAUCAUCCCUGCGCUCCUUUUCUUCAUCAGCAUAUUCGGCUGGGAGCACUUCACCGGCCGCAGGGACCUGAGCCCCGGCCAGUGCGCCGUGCAAUUCCUCAAGGACCCGGUAUUCAACACCGUCCUGAUCAUAUGCUACUACUGGGUCACGCUGGUGGUUCUGUUCAUUCUGUACGGCUGCAUAUUUAAGACCGCAUACGACAUGCAGAAGAAGAGCGAGGCGAAACAGCGGAAGAUGCAGUCGAUGGUGGCGUUGAGCGCCGGCGCGAUGUCCGGCAUGGCGGCCGGCAUAGGCAUGUCCAAGACUCAGAGUACCCUUUUGAGCCAGGACAAGCAGAAAGUGGGGACAUCUACGGAUGAUCCCGGAGAAGGUGACGGUUCUGGUCAAAAGACAUCGUCGAAAACUUCGGGGACCGGCGUGACUGACUCCGCGGGCAAGCAGACGAGUGUCAGCGCUGGGCCGACGGAGACGGAGAAGUCUGAGCCGUCCAGCAGUCCGGUGUUCGACUCCGACGAGGAAAGCACUUUCGUCCAGGCUCAGCAUCAUGGCCACAUUAGGAAGAGAUCAUCUGUAGCUGAUCUGGUCGCUCAAUCCGGCGCUCUUCAAGUCCUAGUCACCAACGGCCGACUGAACGGAAUCGUUCCAGCGAAAGCGGACCUGAACCUGUCGGCACCGAAGAAGCUUCUACCUACAAGCUCCGCGGGUGACGCAACUGGCUCUCAGAAGGCUCAAACACUGCCGAAGAUCCAUGAAACCAGCCUCCUGGACACUGACAAUCCCGCGGAACCCGACAAGUCCAGCAGCCAGACGCUGACGCCGGAACAGUCUUUGGACUCCAAUGGGGACGGCCCGGGCAAACAGCCCGUCGCAUCUACAGAAACUUCGCCGCCCACGCAUCCUAAUCGCUCCAUCAGCAGCAGCCAACAGAACAUCAUCCCCCCGCCCUCGCAGUUCCAAAGCAGCCCGCCCGUGUCCGAGAGCCCGCUGACUUCGUCCUCCACGGACAGGCCAAAAUCGUUGGUCGUGACUUCUCAGGGUCCGGGGACGUACGAUAUCUUAACCGGCUUGGACAGCGCUGAUCUGAGAUACAUGGACGAGAGCUCGGUGAUCCUGCCGAGUCCAUCCUACGAGAGCCCGCCGUCUUCCUUUUCGUGCAGUCUGGCGAAUCCUUUGUCCACUACUCCGUCGUCUCCGAUCUUGGGGAACGUCGCGACAGUGCCGAGCACUACUCUGUUGCAGGCUGCUCUGAUCAGAGCCACAGCGAACAGCCAGCAUUCUGUGGGUACGCAGAGUAAGCAGGGGCAACCGUUGCCGGCGAUGUCAAACGCGUCCAGCCAGACACACCCACCGCGCGUGUUCAUCACGCAGAAGACGAACGUCGCGUCGCAGACGUCGCCCACGGUGAGCAAAGUCCAGACGGAGGUCACCGUGAAGGCGGAGGACUCGAAACAGCAGCCGGUGACCACCGUCGUCAAUACGUCGGCGGUCGAGUCCUUCAACAUCGUGAUGAACCAGUUCACCGAGCAGGCAGCCAAAAUCGGCCAGCCGCAGAACUCGUCCUCCAGCGGCAGCAUGGUGCCCACGAUCUCCGGGACCACCGGGAACGAGCAAGAGUCAAGGAAGCAGUCGAAGAGAAAGGAGGGCAGACCUAGCAGGGACAGCGGGUCUAGAAGGGACUUCGUGAAGACUUUCGGCAAACGGCUGAAGAGCAAGACGCAGAGGAGGGACCCACUGAUCGGCAGACAGAAGUCCCGAACGGAGAACAGGGCAAGGAAGGCUUUCAGAACGAUCUCGUUCAUCUUGGGCGCGUUCGUCGUUUGUUGGACGCCUUACCAUAUCGUCGCGUUGGUCGAAGGGUUCUGCUCGGAGCCACCCUGCACUAAUGGACACUUGUUCAUGUUCUCGUACUUUCUGUGCUAUGCUAAUAGCCCUAUGAACCCGUUCUGCUAUGCUCUGGCCAAUCAGCAGUUCAAAAAGACCUUCACGAGAAUCUUAAAGGGUGACUUGCACAUGACGUAAACGGGAGGAAGCGUCCGGGUCGCGAGAGGGCCUUCCGUAACUGAAAUAUCGAAUUGUAUUCGCGACGCCAUUGUCGAUGAAACUGGACAAUAAGCCGUAGCGAAGAGCCGCGACCACCGCGACGAAGGUCUGGGUAUCGUGCGCUUCGUGUAUAUAGGAAUAGGACGCAUUGAUAUAGGUUUUAGAUCGCAUUCACGGAUGUAUAUAAUGUAUAUGUAUGAAUAUUUAGCGGUUUCUGUGCCGGGACGCACGCACCGCACGGAAACGCGUACGUAUAUACAUAUGUGAUUAGCUUUAGGUGACACGCGCUUGCGUACCGUGAACGUCUCGCCGUAGAGGGUUUCACGUGACUGGAGGAGGUUAUGAAAAUUUCGAAAAAUUGUCUGAAACACUCGUUCCAGUCAACGCGGACAGCGAGACUGGAAAUGUAACGAGACGUCGAUAAAUAUUUGAGUGUCUCGCGAGGGAACGUAUCGGACACGCAAACGCCAAUUUUUAUGGAAUUUAGAUAGUUCUCGGGGAAAUGACUCGGCGAUUUAGUCCUUUUCAUUUGCGAUGGAGGUACAAAAAUAUUUAAAACACUUAAUAUUUACUACACCAGAAUGUAUUAUUCAAACAUUAACACUCAGUUGAAAAUAUAUUUUUCGAGAUAUCUCGAGAAUUUCAAAGUGGAGAAAAUCAACCGUUCAAUCGUAUAGCUUCAAAUCGAAAAUUUAAUUAUACAUCAAAUAGAAGCUGACGAAUAUUUUUCGAAUAACUCAAUCAAUUUAGAAAUUUGAUGAAAAUUAGCGAGUACGAGCUCGGUGUGUUCUCUUGUGAACUUUACGGGCGUUUAAAGCUUUUUGAAUCAGUUUAAGUACCAAAUCGUAUUACUCGAUUCUCACAGGAGAUUUUCAUGAUGUUAAUUGCUUUUCUUUCGCUUACGAGCAUGAAAAGGGGAAUACUUUUUACGAGCAACGAACCAGAUGUGUAGUUGUGGAUCGCCUCGAAGAAGUACCGAAUAAUUAAGGACUCCGUUGUCAGUGCACGCAUCGCCUUGGAGUGGCCUACUCGUACGCAGGCCUUUUUUUCUCUACGAUUCUGUUACGUUUGGCACUGUCGUUGCGAAUCAUUCGUUUGGAUCACCAGUCGACAAUGGUACUUCGCGAACGAAAUAGGUAAUAAGAAUGUCUCCUGGCUUCUCGAAGGGAUUUAAUAAUUGUUUUGUUUGAACGAUUCUCGGGUCUUGGUUAGGUGUCGAAAUCAGAAAAUAUGGAGGGUGAAGAAAGUAGCUCUGUAAUUGCGUGUACUCGCACAAUCGAAACGGACGUAUUGUAUAUACAACAAUAUGUAUCAUUAUUUCCGAUCAUAUUCCAUAAAUAAAACACACGAUCCUCCAUAUUUUUCAUUUUAAUCUUGCGUGAACAAUAAAUCCUCGCCCAGGAUUGAAACUUCGUUUCCUUAGCUGCCUCCUUCGACAUUGCAAAUAAACCAAGAAAGCGGAAGGUUGUUGAAGUUGAAGAUUCUCCGUUAGCUCUUUUAGGAUGGCUUCGUUCCUUAAGCAAUUCUUUGUUCGUGUACGGUCUGUCUAGUAAGAACAACGUCUGUCUAUUGGUUUAUUAUUAUUUUGUAAACCUCUAUUAUGAAGGCAGUUAGAGUUUCGUUUCACAGUUCAAAUGACAGUUCCGUUUCCCUUGAUAAACACUAAUAAUGAAUUUUAAUAAUCGCCUCAUGUAAAUUGUAAAAUUUAUUCUUAAUUUAGCUCGAAAUGUUUCAAUUUGAAAUGUGUGAACGUUGAUGCGUUAAAAACGUCGUUUCCAUACGUACUUAGGUUAAUUGUAAAAAAUUCACCUGUGACGCAUCGUACAGGAUAAAUCAAGUUAUCUGGCAUUUUUCAGAAUUUUUAUGAUUACGUUGUACAGGAAACGAUUUCGCCGGGCUUUCUCGAACUAGACAGACCGUACACCAAGUAUAUCCUAACUGUAAUGAAAAUUCUUGAGAAAUCGUAUUAAUCGUCGAUACUGCGUUGAAAAAAGAUGCUCCUGAAAGAGUUAGCGUUGCAUUCUGUAUAAGUCAAUUACCAUAACAUGUAAAAGAGACACAGACGAUUUAGUUGUUUAUAACGUAUACAGAAUGCGGCGAUAUUGAUGGUGCAAUAGUGAACGGAAGAAUUUCUGAUGCAAACAAUAAAUUGGGACUGUUCAAUGAAACGUUUUAGAUUUGAAUAAAUUAUGAAGAUUUGUUCGUUUCGUCGUUGUUGAAAUAAUGAUAUCAAUACCAAUCAAGUUUAUUUACUUAAUUUCAAUCAAGUUACGAUUCAAUUGAAAACGAUAACUUUUACGACGACUUGUAAAACAAUCGAUUCUAUAUUUUCUGUUUGCAGCUGCACAUGGAGUCGUUUUAUUCACAGUUGCAUCAUCGUUGUCGCCGGACUACAGGUUUACCAAAUUUUUAGUCACUUUGCUUGCGUGUACAUACGAAUCACUUAUUAACAUUUCUUUCGGAAGAAAGUAUCGGACGCUGCAUUUUCGUACGUUUUAAACGAUUUUAUAAGAUAAAAUAAUACCAUUCUGACUGAGCAUGCUUUUUAAAAAUCUAUUUUUGACGACGCUGGUGCGAAAUAGUGGUUCCGACACUGUUUUUAAUGAAAGCGUACAGCUUUGAUACUGAUAAUCGAGCUGUUUCAUGCAAUCAUUGAUCGAUGAACGAAGCUUUUUUCAAAAUCAUUUUUCAGACUGUCAUAUUUUCGAGGUGUAGGUAUAUUGUUCAAUGCUUUAGGAAGAUCUGCGCGAACUUACGCGUAUUAUAUGGAAUUAUGUCACUAUAGAAUGAAGAAUAACGUACGUUGUAUGUAAAUUUUUGCGUUUUAUAACAUUUUCUACGAAUAUUUUCGAUUAUUUUAAUCGUAUAUAUUAAAGUUUACUAUUCUUCGCUAAUUUUCUAACAUUUGUACGAAGAACCAAGAGCAAAAUUACGCAUUUAUACCUUUUAUGCGAAUUAUUUGCGAUUAAUGUGCCCGCGAAUUUAUCAGCUUCGUGUUGCAAAUGCGAAUUGUUAAGUGUGCAACUCGGAAUUCGUUUCGUUCGAUACAAUUGAUCAACACUAGAACUACCGAGCAAUUAGAGCGACUGAUUUCUAAUCGUCAAAAUUAGAACAAUACAUUUUAUCUUACUCUUGUAUCACUAUAAAUACACAAAUUUAUUUUACAAUCUCUCGUAAAAGCGUCUUCAUACUUUGAAUUUUUGCAAAAUGGGAAUUCUGAAAUGGGACAAUCGAACCCGUUUGGUAGAUCUAGUGUUAAAGCGGCCGUAGCCAGUGAUUUCUGCUUUUAAAACGGUAAUCCGACUAUUUAGUUUCGAGGAAAAGAGAAGAAAGCUUAGGCAGAAUUCUUUAAUUGUAAUGUUGGCGCUGCGCAUACUUUUCAAACUUCACUGCCAAUGGCGAUAGUCAUCCUAUAUAGUUUAUUUCGCUAUCCAUACUAUUUGUAAGGUCCUCGCGAAUCUUGAGCCCAAUUAACGAUUACUCUUCCCGUUUCAUGUACAAACCUGUGCCGCAAUAUGUAAUUUACGCUACAAUUAACAAUCCCGCUCACGCUGACGGCAGUUUUCGCACGUAAAACGUUUAAAAGACAAUUAAGUACGAACUGUUAAUCGAAGUAACGAAAAAGACAGUUUUGACGAAUAUUUAGGUGUUAGCGUUAGGCAAAGCGACAAGUAAGAAUAGCUUUAAAAGAAAAAUAAAUUUGAAGGUGAUUAUGUGCUCGUCUGAACGUCGUGUUCUUCAUAGACACGUAACACAAGUUCCAAAAAUAACAUAUCUACGAUAGUGACCUGUAAUGUUUCUUCGUUGAAGUCUUAGAUCAUUUCAGCGCGAAAAAGGUUUCUUUUAAGGAAAACUUGAGAAUCGCAUGCAUCGAGACACUUUCGUGAGCCUAAACUCGUACAUUCAAUAGCGCCGCGAUAAACGUGCGAGACAAUUUCACUUUCAAAAGUUCAACGAGCUGCGAUUACAAAAAAAUUUUAUGAAAAGGAAUUUAUAGCAUUUAUUAAUUUUCACCCGGUUGUUAAUUUUAAGGCAGAAAUAUUUUAUUUACUAAUGAUUUUUCAUAAUUAUUACUUUGCUGUCUAUGUAAUUAUGAACUUUUUAGCAGUACACAGAAGAAAACGUAAUUCGAAACGAAUGGUCCAAGGCUUAGCCUGAAUAUUAACUCCUUGCCUUAUUUUUCUUUCCGAUUCGUUAAUAAUUCCACCGCGUAAAAAGGUAACUAUGUAUUCAAUAUAGAAAAGAAAUUCCGAAUCGAAAUUAAUAGUCUUAUCGGCGCGAAAUAAUUAAUAUCCAACGUUUCACUCGAUGUCUCAUUAUAAGGUGCGAGGUUAAUGUCAGCUCAACUUUUCAAAUUCACUUGUAAAGAAAGUUUUCCGUUGGCGUCACGUUCGCUUUCGAACGAUCCGAUCGGUCGGCCCCCGUAACGCUGCAUAUUAAAAUUUGCCCGCGGGCCGUAGCACUUAGUGAAUAGAUAUAUAGUACGUCUGUGUAGCAUAAUCAAUGAACAAUGCUAUUCAUAGAAAGUAAUCGUAAUAAUGUUAGAGAGAAGUAGACGUAAUGUUGAACGAUUAACGAUUAAACACGCAUGAUACGUAGGUGAUAAUUAGAUGAUCGAUCGCGGAAAAGGUAAGUGUCUGUGCUCUGUACUUCUUCCCAUGUGCCGAAAAAUUUUCGUUCUACCGUUCUUCAUUAACGCCUACCAAUGAAGCAGAGUCAUUAAUGGCCACGGAAAAUAAGGGAGACGAUAAUGAGCUAUAAAGCGUUAAGAACGAGUCGUAAAUAUCCCGCGUUCACCUCUCAAUCGACGAGGAAUCGAGCAGCAAUUAAAACUCAUUGCGAGAUUCCUCUAAGCGCUCGACGUUCUUUUUUUAACUGUUAAGACGCCCCUUAAUGGAUCCCGUUCUUUCUACCUCAAAACAACGUACGUACCUACAGGAGGAGUCGCAUAAUUCGAGCGGAUCGUAGUCGUUUUGUCUUUGAACACUUCACGAAGCAUCGAAUAUCGCUCUAUUCACGUUAAAAUGAUUGGAAUCGAUUGACCAGAAGGUAAUUCGUUGUAAGAACCAUUGAUUACUGCGACGGUUUAUGAAUCCUAACACAUUAAAGGUUUCGGAGAAUUAUAAAAUAGAGAUUAUUUCCUUGUUCUACGAUUUCUUUCGCAAUUGCGCUUGAUAAAACAACUCUGUCGUUAAUAAUUUAUUGGAAAAAGGAAAGAAUUUCAUUCUUCUUCUGUGUUUAAUCGAUAAUAGACAAGUAAUGUUUAAUUUACAUUAUAAAUGAGCAACAUUUAGAUUCGUCGAAUUUGGAGUAAAAUUUUCAUUAUGAGCCUGACACGAUGUUAUUAGGUGAAGGGGUUAAAACAAAGGUCACAACUUCGCUUCACUAUUUAUUUAUUGAUGCUAUGAAUGAAAAUCAAUUUUGUUUAAUGUCAGUUUAUUUGGUUGUUUCUGUAAAAUGUGUUUUUUUAUUGUACGUUCCUGUGUACAUAAAGUAUAUUGAUAAAAAAAUAACCUUUGGUCUAUUUAUUCUUUUAAUAUCGCUGAACGUGGUCAGAGUAGAAAGGAGGAGGGAACGUUCGUCUGGUUGAAGAAGCUGUAUUUUCAUGUUCCAGAACAAAAUAAAGUCCCCGGAAGGUGGAACAUGUGAUGGAAUACAACUUUUCCUUUAGCAUUUCCUCGGUUUUCGACAAAAGGAACGCGAAACCCGCUCAACGUAUGCAACUCGCCCUCCGUAGAAAAAAAAGUAUGAGAGUCGUGCCGUGAAUCGAUUUUUGAUCCGCUACGAACGGUAUUCCACAUUCAUACACACACUGUCACCACAUUUCUAUUCGCGUACUUGUUGUAUCGACCCAUAAGUAAUCCAGUUUUUUAAUGCUUCCUUUAUUUUUCAAAAUACAGAUAAAGGGAAUUUUUUUAAAAAUUGAAAACAUGUUCUCCUAUCUAUAUCUAUAUAGAUAAUAUUUUUAUAUCUAUAGAUAACGAAGGAGAGUAUAGAUUCAUUUUCAAAAAUAAAAGAAGUAUUAAAGAAACAACUUUUUUUACGGGAUCACCGAAUAUCCUUACUUACUCUUCGUGUAACAAUUUCAUCUGCGUCCGUUAAUGUACUUUUCCGUUUUCUCAAGUAAGAUGUAUUUACAAGAUUUAGUUGAAGUAUUUAACCCCUUACUUUACGACUUUUCUUCUCGAUUAAGCUCGCAAUCGUUAAUUUAUAGCAACAAUGCGACAAGUGAAUAAUUUACGGAUACGAGAGAAAAUCGUGGAUUCGUUGAAGGUAGAGGGAAUUUACUGUAAAUGUCAAAUAUUCUUCAACGAAAAUGUAACAGAAUUUUUUCUUCGGUUGAUCCGAAACGAAUAACGUUCGUACUCGUUGAAUUUCGUAUUGUAAGGCAAGGGGUUAACGAAACUGAACGUUUAUUGUUACGAAGACAAUUCACCGGUAUGAUUACACAGGAUACGUACGCCAAUAGUUUCUCCAAUAUAAUUUGCGCAAGAUACUCUAUUUUAUAAACAUUUUUUUGUAUAAAGUAUACAAAACACGAAGAUUUAUCCUCGUAAUAGUUCCGGACACACGUGACGAAUUUUAGAGGAACUUUGUACACUUAGAAAAAGUCAGUGGAUAAUAUGUAUCAUAGACAUGUGACAUAUUUACAGUUUACAGAGCUUCUUACUUAUAAGAUUAUUAAGUUCGUCGAAUUGUCGUCUGUAUCUAGAAAAGUUAGAAAUCUUAUUAUGUAUCCUGUGUCGAAUUACAAACGAAGAAAUGAACAUUUUUCUCGUUGUUAAUAACGAAAUUGUGUAUCGAAAUUAUUGAAGUAUUUAGUUUUUCCUUGAAAUCCAAGCCAAUAUGGAUACAGUGUAGUUUCACGGCAUUCUUCGUUACUAUAAAAUCAAUAAUCAAUGAAAGAAAAAGGAUAAAAGAAGAACGUUCCGUUGCAAUUAAACUUCUAGUCAAUACUGUGCGUGCUCUCGCUAGACAAUCUGAAUUCCAACAACCCUCCAAUAACAAAUAACCAAAUAAUAUAAUUUUAUCGCGGAUGCAAUAAAAAGUAUAUAUACAGAUACUACUAUUAGAAUACACGUGUACAAUACCAGAGCUGAAAGUAGUCAAAGAUUUCUGUAUUUAGUGAAUUACUGGUGUCAAUCAAGACGGCGAGGGUCUAUUCGCAUUGGUCGAACUAUAUACAAGGUGUACUACUUAAGUUGAACUUCUGAAUUUCGAUUUGAACGAUUUUUCUUUAUUUCAGAUCAUUUUAAAGUCAGACUCUCACGUAUUGCUGAACAUAUCUUGGACUACAAUGUUACAUUACAGAAAAUAAGUAUUAUUAUUGACCAUAUUGAUUAUAACGUUAUUGAAAUGACAUUUAUAAUAAUUUUAAAAGGAUUUAUUCUUCUUGUCAUUGCAAAAACCUGGAAAAAUAUAAAUAUUUUUUAGAAAAUCUUCUUAGAAACGUUUUUUUGUAUUUUGUACAAUAGCUUCUCCGAUUACAAGUAAGAUAUUUUAUUUAAGUCAAGCACCUUGUAUAUUAAUUAAAACCCCCAGCACAAGAAGUAAAUCUAUCGAACUUUCUUUGCUACAAGUUUCUAUCGAAAUUAGUUUGUAUAAACAUCCAUGUCCAGUUAUGAGAAACAGCAGUUCAAUUUGAAAUUCUUUCAAAAAAUUUGCUAAAGUAAUGAAAUAAACAUUUUCGCUCCGUUAAGCAAGACGAAUUGCGAAAUUGAUUAUAAUUUCUAUGCUGCAUUCGAACGAGGAAGGCCUAAUUUUUUUUGAAGAAUACUUUUCGAAAAAAUCCAUCGGUAUUCACAACUGUUUCUGAAACUAUUUAUUUGAUUCUAUCAAGACAGAAAACGUGUUAAAUGGACGUUAUACACAUAUUAAUAUGUUAAAGUAGUUUUCAAUUUGAAAAACACGAAUAACAUUGUAUCACGAUUCGUGGAUACGUAAAACAUGUGGACUGAUUUCGAAACACGUUAUACAUAUCGCAAAUAUUUCUGUAAAAUACAAAUGUGUUUUUAAAUUACCGGACACAUUUCCGUGGAGAAUCGACUCUUCUACCGGUCAACACAUCAUAAACAUAGUGACGCUUAACUGUCGAACACGUGAACAAAUUUUAGAGAGAAUCGCAACAUUCCGCAAAUUUUCGUCAUAGAGAAACGUUGUAUUAGCGAAAGCAGUAUUGUAAUGAAAUGUGUGCAUAUCUGUUGUAUGAUAAACUAAAUCAUUGACACGUUUAUGGUAAACGAUAAGGACGUUGUAAAAUUGUUACUAUCGCACUGCUGUAUCUUGCAACAUUGCAUCUAGUACAUUGCGUACUCACGUUAGUAUGCUGAUUUCUCGUAACGAAUUUUGUGGCAAUUAAUGCCAUGAAGUUUCGCGCAGACGUUUUCUGACGCCGGAGAAACGUUUCAGCUAGAAUAAUUUUGUAAAACGAUAAGCUGCGAAUGAUGUAAGCCGAACUAGUGCAAUUUCAUGCGGACAAGUAAGUACAUGGAGAAUGUAAAAUCAAUUAAUAAAUCCGAAAGAACAUCAAUGAAAUCGAAGUUGCAUUUCUACAAGAAUGUACCGUUAGUUUUACACUUUCUAAUUAUUUGUCGCCAAUAAGAAUUCCAUACUUUUGUAAUAUUUUCCGCCGAUUUUAUAGAAUUAUCUUAUUAUUCGUAAUUCAUGCAGUCAAUUUUUGGCAUAAUAAAACACAUGUAGCUCGAUAAUGACAUAUCGAGCCGUAGCGAUGUAAAGGACACAAAGCUUAGGUGCAGUAUAGAGUAGACAUCAUUAUUAUAAUUAGCAACCAUUUUCAUUUUAUAUAAUGCUUUGAUCGAGUAGAUGAUACACUGCGCGUUAACUAGACGUAAACAAUGUACCUAGACAUUGACGCAUAUUUGGACAUAUGCAGAA